AUGAGGCUGCUACCGUUCACCUUCCUCGCCGGCGCCGCGGCGCUGGUGGGGGCCAAGAGCGCCGAGAAGGAUGACGCAUCGGAGAAGAGCACCGUCUUCAACGGCGUCUCGGUACCCCCGCUGAUGGAACUCAGUCCCGCCACCUUUCCCACCGAACUGAAGAAGCACAAGUACCUUGUUGUGAAGCACUACAGCCCGUACUGCCCCCACUGCAUCGACUUCAUCCCUACCUACCAGACUCUCUAUGAGUACUACUACACCUCUCAUCCCGAGGACAUGCCCGACGCCAGCUUCUCCGAGUACUACGACGUCGGCUUUGCUGCCAUCAACUGUAUCGCCCACGGCGAUCUGUGCGAUGAUCAUGGCGUGCGCACCUGGCCCACGACCAUACUCUAUGAGGAUGGGGAGCCCAUCGACUUGGUACAUGGUGCCAAGUCCAUCGAGACCAUUGGCUCCCUCAUCGAGCCAGUGCUGGAGAAGCGCCAUCCUGGUUCGCGUCCCAAAUCCGUCGAAUACCCCAAGCCUGGUGCCACCGAGUUCCCCGCAGGGGCCUCUUCCAAGAUGUCGACUUAUGACGAGUCAGCAGCCGAUGCCGACGAGAAAUCGUCAAGCAAGGAGUCGGAAGAGAAGCUGGCCGUUGACGAGCUUCCCGCCAAGAAGUCGUCUCAGGAGAACCUUGGGAAGUCAGACAAGGCAUCGCCUGACAAGGGUACCAAGCAGAGCAUCGACAACAGCGCCGCUAGGAAGAGCACCGACAAGGAUGCCGCCGAGGACAGCAGCGAGAAGAGCACAGAUAAGAGCACUGACAAGAGCUCUGACAAGCCUCUAGAGAAGCCUAGCAAGGGAACCACUGGCAAGUCGAGUAAGGAGAACUUGAAGUCCUUUGGCAAGGACUGGAAGUCGCCUACAGCUGCCGAGGUUCACAACAGCAAGCAGCCCAAGAAGCCAACUGUUACGCCCAAUACCAACGGUGUCUCGAUCUCUCUCACUGCCGAGAGCUUCCAGAGAAUGGUCACCAUGAGCCAAGACCCUUGGUUCAUCAAGUUCUACGCCCCGUGGUGCCCCCACUGCCAGGCCAUGGGUCCCACGUGGGACCAGCUGGCCAAGACGAUGCGCGGCAAGCUCAAUGUUGGCGAGGUCAACUGCGACAAGGAGGGCCGCCUGUGCAAGGAUGUUAGCGCACGAGCGUACCCCACCAUUCUCUUCUUCAAGGGUGGCGAGCGUUCGGAGUACAACGGCCUCCGUGGACUUGGCGACUUUGUCCAGUACGCCGAUAACGCCCUCGACCUCGCCAGCGGCGUGCCCGAUGUCACCGCCGAGGAGUUCGAGGCUCUCGAGGAGAAGGAGGAUGUCAUCUUCAUCUACUUCUACGACCAUGCCACCACGUCGGAGGAUUUCAUGGCUCUCGAGAGGCUGCCCCUCAGCCUCAUCGGACACGCCAAGCUGGUCAAGACCAACGAUCGAGCAUUAUACGACAGGUUCAAGAUUAGUACCUGGCCUCGCCUCAUGGUCUCACGCGAGGGCCGCCCGACGUACUAUACGCCGCUGACGCCCAACGCGAUGCGCGACGUCCACGCUGUUCUGAACUGGAUGAGAUCCGUAUGGCUCCCUCUUGUACCCGAGCUUACGGCAUCCAACGCCAACCAGAUCAUGGACGGCAAAUACGUUGUCCUGGGCAUUCUCAACCGGGGCGAGGAGGAGUCAUUCGAGACGUCCCUGAGGGAGAUGAAGAGUGCCGCCAACGAAUGGAUGGACAGACAGAUUCAGGAGUUCCAGCUCGAGAGGAAGAAGCUCCGCGAUGCGAAGCAGAUGCGCAUCGAAGAGGCCCAGGACCGCGACGAUGAGCGAGCCCUCCGCCAGGCCAAGACCAUCCGUAUUGACAUGGACGGAACUGGACACAAGGAGGUCCUGUUUGCCUGGGCCGAUGGCAUCUUCUGGCAGCGAUGGAUCCGCACCACGUACGGGAUCGACGUCAAGGACGGAGAGCGAGUCAUUAUCAAUGACCACGAUACCCGCCAGUACUGGGAUCAGACGGCAACGGGCAACUACAUCAUGGUCAGCCGAACGGCAAUUUCCGAGACACUUGACAAGAUUGUCUACGGUCCCAACACGAUCAAGCCCAAGCUCACGACGACGCUGGUGCAAAAGUUCUUCCUCGACCUGGGCGUCACCUUCUCCGAGCACCCUUACCUGAGCACCGCCAGCGUGGUCGGCCUCAUCAUCGGCGCCUAUUCGUGGUAUCGCAACCGCCGUCGCAACCGUGGUGGCUACUUCAACCUCGACGACCCCAUCGGCAACCCCAAGGACGGCCUCCUUGGCCAGAACGGCAGCACCAAGGCUGACUGA